UGCCAGGUGUGCACCACAGGGGGAUGUUCUGUGGGUACAGGUUCCUCCUCCUGUUCUUUUACAGAUUACAAACCCUUCUUUGCGACAUAGUACACAUAGGUUAAAUUCAGUAAUAUUUAUCAUUCAGGGUUAUGUUUCUCUAAAAAAUAACACUGAUUUUUAAGGCAUUUUUUCCCAAACUGCUGCAAUGGAAAGCAGCCGAGAGCCGCAAGGCAAACGGCCCAAACUAGAGCCCACUGAUGCCCUGCUGGACGAGCCGGCCUCCCAGCCCCCCAUGGUUGCAGGUGCCAAAAUCCCGAGACUGUGCCCCUAUCUGGACACUAUAAAUCGCCAGUACCUGGACUUUGACUUCGAGAAACUCUGCUCCGUUUCGCUGACCAGGAUCAACGUCUACGCCUGCUUGGUGUGCGGAAAGUACUUCCAGGGGAGGGGCACCAACACCCACGCCUACACCCAUUCGGUCGCCGAGGGGCACCAUGUGUAUCUGAACUUACACACUUUGAAGUUCUACUGCUUGCCAGACAACUACGAGAUCAUCGAUUCAUCCCUGGACGACAUCAAGUACGUGCUAAACCCCACAUUCACAGCUGAUCACAUAAAACACUUGGACAGCAGCACCAAACUGUCCAGGGCCAUUGAUGGCUCGCUCUACACUCCAGGAAUCGUCGGGCUAAACAACAUCAAAGCCAACGACUACUGCAACGUGGUUUUGCAGGCAUUGUCGCAUGUGGCCCCGCUGCGCAACUACUUCCUGCGGGAGGCGAACUACUCAAAAGUGCGCAGGCCGCCUGGCGACUCCUCCUUCCUGCUGGUGCAGCGGUUUGGGGAGCUGAUGCGCAAGCUGUGGAAUCCACGGAACUUCAAGGCGCACGUAUCGCCCCACGAGAUGCUCCAGGCCGUUGUGCUGUGGAGCAAGAAGCGCUUCCAGUUCACCCAACAAGGCGAUCCAAUCGACUUUCUCUCCUGGUUCCUCAACGCCCUGCACAAGGCCCUGAACGGCACCAAAAAGCAUGAGAGCUCCAUCAUCUACAAGUCCUUUCUGGGCAGCAUGAAGAUUUUUUCCAGGAAAAUUCCGCCGAUCGAUAUGGACGAGAAGCAGAAAAAGUCGCUCCUGUUAACCAGCGACUAUCAGGAGGUGGAAACGGAGUCGAAUUUUCUCUAUUUGACUUGCGACCUGCCGCCUCCGCCUCUAUUCAUUGAUGCCUUCAAGGAGAAUAUCAUUCCGCAGGUGAAUCUCUAUCAACUGCUGGCGAAAUUUAACGGCCAGUCGGAGAAGGAGUACAAAACCUACAAGGAGAACUUCAUGAAGCGCUUCGAAAUCACGCGCCUGCCCCCUUAUUUGAUCCUGUACAUCAAGCGCUUCACGAAAAACACCUUCUUCGUCGAAAAAAACCCGACUAUAGUCAAUUUUCCUGUUAAAAACGUGGACUUCGGGGAGUUUCUCACACCGGAAGUGAAGGCCCAACAUCAGCACACCAUUUACGACCUUACGGCGAAUAUUGUUCACGAUGGGGAGCCCAGCAAGGGCACAUACAGGGUGCACAUUCUGCAGAAAUCCACUGGCCAAUGGUACGAGAUGCAGGACUUGCACGUCACGGACAUUCUACCGCAAAUGAUCACUUUGACUGAGGCGUAUAUUCAAAUUUACGAACUGCGAACGUCCUAAAUUAAAGAGUCCCCAGGACGUGUUUUACCGACAA